AUGUCUUCUUUUUGGCGACGCCUGCUUUGCUGCGGCUCGCAGCAGGAUGAAGAGGAGGCUGCCGAGCUGGUCAUCGGUCAACCUUUUGACUUCCAGAAGAAGGUCGUCGUGGUUGAGGACGGGGUCCUCAAGGUCAUACCAGGUCCGGUCUGA